CACACCAUCCCUGUCAGUUAGAAGGGGCAAUGGUAACAAAGACACAGAGAAGGAAUAACCUUGGCCUGUUUAAUCAAACGAAUCCAUAAGCGCGCCCCGAGAACCCCAGGCGUUGGGAAGGACCUGGAAGCGGGCGUGUCCGCGCGUGUGCGGAGCGGUGAGCAUGGCUCAGUACAAGGGCACCAUGCGCGAGGCCGGCCGGGCCAUGCACCUGAUCAAGAAGCGCGAAAAGCAGAAGGAGCAGAUGGAGGUGCUGAAGCAGCGCAUCGCCGAGGAGACCAUCAUCAAGUCCAAGGUGGACAAGAGAUUCUCGGCUCAUUACGACGCCGUGGAGGCAGAGCUGAAGUCGAGCACGGUGGGCCUGGUGACCCUGAGCGACAUGAAGGCCAAGCAGGAGGCCCUGCUGAAGGAGCGGGAGAUGCAGCUGGCCCAGAGGGAGCAGCUGGAGGAGCGGCGGCUGCAGCUGGAGGCGCUGCGGGAGAAGGAGCGCAAGCAGGAGCAGAAGCGCCAGAUCUGCAGCCUGUCCUUCACGCUCGACGAGGGCGACGAGGGCGGCGAGGGCGACCGGGACGCGGACGCGGCGGCUGGAGAGCGGCCCAGGUCCGCGGGGGCGAGCAAGAGGAAGAAGAACCUGGGGAAGAAUCCAGACGUGGACACGAGCUUCCUGCCCGACCGCGAGCGCGAGGAGGAGGAGAACCGGCUGCGGGAGCAGCUGCGGCAGGAGUGGGAGGCCAGGCGCGAGAAGGUGAAGCGCGAGGAGAUGGAGGUGACGUUCAGCUACUGGGACGGCUCGGGGCACCGGCGCACGGUGCGCAUCCACAAGGGCUGCACGGUGCAGCAGUUCCUGAAGAAGGCGCUGCAGGGGCUGCGCAAGGACUUCCGCGAGCUGCGCGCGGCCGGCGUGGAGCAGCUCAUGUACAUCAAGGAGGACCUGAUCCUGCCCCACUACCACACCUUCUACGACUUCAUCGUCACCAAGGCCCGCGGCAAGAGCGGGCCGCUCUUCAACUUCGACGUGCACGACGACGUGCGGCUGCUGAGCGACGCCACCAUGGAGAAGGACGAGUCGCACGCGGGCAAGGUGGUGCUGCGCAGCUGGUACGAGAAGAACAAGCACAUCUUCCCCGCCAGCCGCUGGGAGCCCUACGACCCCGAGAAGAAGUGGGACAAGUACACGAUCCGAUGACCGUCUUUCCGCUCCCCCGAGGCUCCCGGUCCUACCCCUCCCGGGUCCUGCAGAGCCCUGGCACGCG